CACUAGCAUUAAUUGUGUUCUGUUCAGUGUAACUAAACACAAACCCCAAAAACCAAAAUCACAACUCCCAAAGCAAAAACCCAAAUCCCAAAUGAUAGUAGUAACAUGAGAUGACAGACGACCGCGUGCAUCCAAUCCCAAACCUAGCUAUGUCUCCGGCCACCGCCCACUGGACCUCUGACGCCAUCCACGGCGGACCCCUCCGUCGUGUCGACCUCGACUCCGGCACCAACGGCUGGGCCUCCCCUCCCGGUGACCUCUUCCUCCUCCGCUCCCCCAAUUAUUUCACCAAACGCCAGAAAUCACCCGCCGGCGACUACCUCCUCUCCCCCUCCGGUAUGGACUGGCUCAAAUCCCAAUCCAAACUCGACAACGUCCUCUCCCGGCCCGACAACCGCAUGGCCCAGGCCCUCCGCCAGGCCCAGGCCCAAGGCAAAUCCCUCAAAAGCUUCAUCUUCGCAGUCAACCUUCAAGUCCCUGGAAAAGAACAUCACAGCGCGGUCUUCUACUUCUCAACCGACGAACCGAUAACCUCCGGUUCGCUCCUCUCCCGGUUCAUCGAGGGCGACGACGCGUUCCGAAACCAGCGGUUCAAGCUCGUGAACCGGAUCGUGAAGGGUCCAUGGAUCGUGAAAAAGGCUGUGGGGAAUUACAGCGCUUGCUUAUUGGGAAAGGCGCUGACGUGCAACUAUCACAGAGGACCAAACUACUUCGAGAUUGACGUGGACAUUGGGAGCAGCGCCAUCGCCAACGCUAUCCUGCGCCUCGCGCUGGGGUAUGUUACCAGCGUCACCAUCGAUAUGGGGUUUGUUGUGGAGGCGCAGAGCGAGGAGGAGCUGCCGGAGAGGCUCAUCGGAGCGGUUAGGGUUUGCCAGAUGGAGAUGUCCGCCGCCACCGUCGUCGAUGCCCCCAACGCGCCGCGCGGUAACAAGGUCAAUCACCUAAGCGGUAACGACGAGUAACUAAUUGAAAAAUAAUAACAAUGAGUUUUUUUUUUGUUUUACAUAAAAAUUACUAUUUAGAUUACUUAAUUUGAUUUCACCAACUGCUUGGUCCUCGUUCUUGGUGUAAUUUUAGGCUUUUUUUUUUCGGGGAGUAAUAAAUAUUCACUCAAUUCGGUCCAUUGGAAUUAUUGUUAUUAUUUUUUGUUUUGUGUGAGUUUUUUUUACCCUCCCCGUACAUCAAGAGAGAAAAAGAUGACGACUAAUUUAGAAUUUAACAAGAAGAUAAACUCAAAAACUACUAAAAUAAUUUAAUUUUAACUUUAACGUAGUAAUCAUGUUUUGUUUGUGUUUAGAAAAUUGGAAGUGGGGAAGGGCUAAGAAGGUUGUUGGCAUUAUUAGUGCAUUGUGAUUGUGCACGUUGGUGUUUAUGACAUUUAUUUAGAGGAUAGGUUUGGUCGGUGAAUCUUUUGGGUUGGUGGGCAUCUAGGCUAGUGAAGAAAUGUGGUGGAUGUGAAUGGAACCGCACAUGGUGUGGAAAAGUUGCAUUAAACGCAACACUCUAUUGCUUUCAAGGGUUGAAAUGAAAACCGCAACGCAUGUUGGACAUUCUCUAGUGGACAAAGAUGCUGAAAAAGAAAUUUGAUUGAAGAAAAUUGUGGUUCUGUAUUGACCAAUAAAUACUACAAUGGAGCGGGCGAUUUGGUUUUAUUAUGAUUCAUAACUCCUCCGAAGUCCAAAUCAUUGAUAAACAAAGGUUGUUAAUUUUGAGAAUCAAACCGCAAAUAGAACGUACCUUUUGCGUCGUUUUAAGAUACUUCUAUUCUAUUGGACGGUAACAUUGAGAGAUGCUCUACGAUUAUGGGACAGCUAUGAUGAUGAUUAAUAUUUUAUUCUUCCUCCACUGUCUUCUUGUUCUGAAUAUAGGCUUUAUUAGAGCUUUUGGUUUUUAAUCUCAAGAGCCGGAUGUGAAGUUCUGUCACAGAAUAGUACUAAUAAUUAAUAUAAAAAUGUGUUAGGUUAACAGUCUCGUUUGGUUAUAGCUUUAAUCAGGAUUAUCUUGCGUGUGCCAUUCAUUCAUUUUUUGUAUUUUUCCUAUUUAAUACUACUAUGUAUGAUCAAGAUCAA